AUGACCAAGGCAGGAACCGUGGAAGAGCCGGCCUGGCCUGGAGACUCGGGCUUGGGCCACAGCCAGCAGCAUGGAGUCUUCUGGAAAGUGCAGGCUUCCCCUGCUCUCCUGACUUAUCUUCUCUCCAAGAUCCUUCCUCCUCUCCUCGUUCCAUCUGACUUUUCCCUCCUCUCCCCUCCAUUUCCACCUCUCCAUCUCUCCUUUCCCUCUUCUCUAUCUCUCCUUCUCUCCUUUCCCUCUUCAACUCUCCAUCUCUCUUUCUCUCCUUUCCCUCUUCUCCAACUCUCCAUUCCCUCUUCAACUCUCCAUCUCUCUUUCCCUCUUCUCCAUCUCUCCUUUCCCUCUUCUCCAACUCUCCUUUCCCUCUUCUCCAACUCUCCUUCUCUCCUUUCCCUCUUCUCCAUCUCUCCUUCUCUCCUUUCCCUCUUCUCCAUCUCUCCUUCUCUCCUUUCCCUCUUCUCUAUCUCUCCUUCUCUCCUUUCCCUCUUCUCCAUCUUCUCUCUUCUCUCCUUUCCCUCUUCUCCAUCUUCUCUCUCUCCUCUCCUUUCCCUCUUCUCCAUCUUCUCUCUCUCCUCUCCUUUCCCUCUUCUCCAUCUUCUCUCUCUCCUCUCCUUUCCCUCUUCUCUCUCUCUCCUCUCCUUUCCCUCUUCAACUCUCCAUCUCUCCAUCUCUCCAUCUCUCCUUUCCCUCUUCAACUCUCCAUCUCUCUAUCUCUCCUUUCCCUCUUCAACUCUCCAUCUCUCUAUCUCUCCUUUCCCUCUUCAACUCUCCAUCUCUCUAUCUCUCCUUUCCCUCUUCUCUCUCUCUCCUUCUCUCCUUUCCCUCUUCUCCAUCUCUCCAACUCUCCUUUCCCUCUUCUCCAUCUCUCCAACUCUCCUUUCCCUCUUCUCCAUCUCUCCAUUCCCUCUUCUUCCUUCCUCCUCUCCAAGCCUGUUCUCAUCUGUCCCUUCCGUAACUUCUCUCCACUGCUCCCCCUCGUCCUGCUCCCCAGGGCUGGCUCUUUGCUGACGAGAUGGUUCUAGUGCGGUCAUUCACAAGACAAGCCGAGGACAAAGGAGACUUCCUGCCUGGCCUCCAGAGCUGCUAGAGGAGUAAAGUUAGUGCCCACCAGAGCCCGGCCUUGCCCUUGGCCGGCGCCCCCCUCCCCACAGACGUGGCUCUUGGCUGCUCCAUCCCUCCCACUCGAAGGCCCCCAAGGAAAUCUUACCAAGCCUGCCUUGAGCUGCUCCUCUUUUUCCAUUUAAUCUUGCUGAACCCUAGGAAGGAAGGGAAUGGAGGGAGGGGAACCCCUGGGGCUGACCUUCCUUCUGCCCCUUCCCCUGGGUCUCUCCUGGACGUUGCCCUAGCUCCUCCACAGAUGUCCUAGGACAAGAGCUUCUCAGCCUUUUGGGGUUUUGAGCACACCUUCCUUAUGGCAGAGACCCCUCGCCCCCUCCUGACAGCCAUGCUUUCCCCCACUACAUCACACAGUGGGUCUCUGUGGAUGGCAGCCGCCACCAGCCCAGCUGGCCAUCUUCCUCCCAUCUUCCAUUAUCCCAUCAUCUGCCCAAGACCACGGGGUAAAAAAUCCAGCCAAGGAGACUGAGCAACCAAGAACGUCCUGCUCCCAGCAGCCACCUUCCUGAUGGAGCCCUCGUGGGGCCACAGCCAGCUUCCUCUCUUUACACAAAAGGUGAUGGAGAGACCCGUCCAAGGUCCCACAACAAGUCACAGAGCAGGAUUUGAACGUGGGCUUCUCCCCGCUGCCUCCAAGGUCAUCCACAGGCGUGCCCCCUCCCCCCAGGCCCACGUCCUGUGGCACUCACUCACUCACUGCUUCCCUGUGGCUCCUGCUCGCUCGCUUCCAGAGGAUGGAGGAGGGUCUCCCAUCUGCUUGCACAUGGAGUGGCCAGCUUUGGCCCAUCUCACUCCCUUGAUAUCACGGUCCAUGGCCGGCUUCCCCGGCCUCCUUCCCAAAGACCCGGGAGUCCGGGAGGGAAGACUUUCCAAGUGGGUGAGGGGCUGGAGUCAAGGGUUGGGGGCACUGAGAAAGCCGAGGGAUUCAGACAGCCACCAUCCCCCAGUCACCAAAGAGGCCGUCACCAUUGGGGGGGAGGGAGAGGGCUCAUGGGAGGGACAGUGAUUGUUACAGGAAAGGAGGAGGAAGAGGGAGGCCCCUGGGGGUCUAGGAAGCUCGGACAGCCAGAGGCUUGGGGCCUGGAUGCAGGGAGGGAUUUUCCUUGGAGAACAGGGCAGGUCUGGGAGAUUUUAGGUGAAAUAACACUCUCUAAAGGGGUCACUCUAGACAAUGAGACAGAUUUCAUUUGGAGGAACAAAAGGUCAAGGACAAUCAUGAACAAAUGGGAAUGCAGGGGUUUGCUUCUGUUAGAUCUCAAGCUACAUUACAAAGCAAUUAUCAGAAGUAGCUGCUACCAGGCCACCGGGCCACAGGAAGCUGGGAGAACAAUUCCAAGUCCACAAAACCGUGGAAAACAAUUUGUGGGAAAAACAGGGUGGGAGCAGCAGUUCACACCACACGCUCCGAAGGUCCCACACGAGCUCAAUAUGAGGGAACCACGAUCCGAGUCAGAAUAGCACGGACCAUUCAAAAUGGCGGCGAGGCUGGAAGUCCUCAUCCAAACGAACGGCCGAUAAAACCCAAGACACAGAAGCAACAGCUACAGGUAUCAAUGGGCCGUGGCCAACAACUCAAGGAUCAAAGAUGUGAACAGAAGGGGUUAGGACAAGUUAACACGGUCUUACCUCCCAGAGGGAACAGUACAGAGGCCGGCCCAGGCUGGAGCCUGCAGGACAGACCUACCCCAUACAGCAGCAGGGUUGGGUCUGGGGAAGUUCUGGUCCAAGGGUCACAGCAGCCAACAGCGGGAGAAGGAAAGUCAGGGCAAACCGCACACAAAAUCCCUCCUCAGAGGGAUACACGAGCCAGACAAAUCAGAGGAAAGGGAAAUUUCUGCCUUUCAGAUCUAGGGGUAGAGGAAAGUCUGGGAUAAACAGAACAUGAAACAGCUCAUCCAAGGAACAACUGGGAUCAAAUUGUUGAAGGUUUUUGCACAAACAAAUGUAAUAUAGUAAUGCCAGAGGGAAUAGGUUAAUGGAAAAAACCAAAAACACUUAAGCUUCUCUGAUAAAGGUCUCAUUUCCAAGAUACUUUUUUUUUAAAAAACAGAAAAUAACUAUAUUUCUGUAUCUGUGCAUACAUACGUGUGUGUAUGUAUUUAUAUAUAAUUUAGAUCUAAGAGAAUUUUGCACUAGGUUGAAAGCCCUAUUAAAAGUGAUCCAAGCAUAUGACCGUGUAGCCAGGUCAUCAAAAAAAUCAUACAAAUGCUCUAAAUCACUAAUAUUUCAAGAAAGGCAAAUGAAAACAACUUGUUUCUAUUUUAUGUCCAUCAGAUGGGCAAAGGUUACAAAAGCGGAAAAGGACCAUACGUACAAAAACCUUUCUAGUGUCCAACAAGUACACUAAGCACUUUGGGUCUAUGAUUAGAUUAUUGGCCUGCAAGAAAUAUCUGGAAACUUGUAGGAACUGAUACAGCGGAGAUCCCGCAAACCAAGAACCGUUUACCAGUGGCGCCCAAGAAAACCCGACGGCAUCCUGAGCCGCGGCAUGGAAAACCGAGAUGAAACCCACCACUCACCUUGGGUCAGAGGUCACAUGCUUACAACACAUCUGGGGGUGUGGCCCGGGGCCCAGUGUUUGCUGGAUUCUGCCGUCUCUAUGAGGGGUGGUCUUUUGGGGAGGAAAUUACAGGCAAAAACUGCUGCAUCCCUAGUCUUGGUGACAUUGAGAAUAUGGUCAGAGCAGAGCAGUGAGGAAAAGUAUUCACCGAUUAAGACAUACAGCCUAAAAAAUUACAAACAUUUUUUGUACAAAUAAGUUGAAGAAAAACCAAUAAAUUACAGCCAAGAUGCCAAUAUAACCCCAGUUCCUUAAUAUCAAUUCAUUACUUAAUAAUUAGAAGAAAACAUAGGGCUAGUAUCAAAGAAAAUUGGAAGACGGUGUUUGGAAGGAGGAUUUAUAUAAGGAAAUCAAAAUAUACUCUAUAAAAAAAGCAAUAAUCUGUAUAUAAUUUCGCUUAAUAGGUCAAAACCAAAGUGUGCACGAUAGACAACAGCCUGAUUAACCUGAAGUGUUAAUAUAUUAGGGAGAUAUUAAUUUUUAAUAACCAGAAAAUUAAAUUUUACUCUAGUCAUGCUGUUUUAGAUUCACAUCUCACACAUCACAAUUCCAAUUAUGUCAAUAAAGAUUUAAAGCAUCAUAAAGAAAUAGAAAAUGAACUAUAAUAUCCAAGAGGUAAAAAAUUCUUGGUAUCCAAAUAGAUAAUUAUUUAACAGUACAACAAAAUGAACCACAGAUGGGGGCAUAAAGUGGAAUCUUUGUAGCAAAUACUUCUGUGGACAGCCACAAUCUCUAUUCAAGACAAUGUCACAUCAAUUGAUUAGAACUAAAAAUGUAACCAAUCAACGAGGAAACCUUUUUACCUAAUAUUCUUAGCUCUGAACAACUCAUGUGUCUGCCCACCAGGGGGGGCAAAAAAGUCAGCCUAUAUGGAUCUUCAGGGAUCCAAUUGUCCCACACAAAAUGACAAAUAUAGAGAGACCACGGAAAUGGACAGGUUUAUUAUCUAAGCAUGAUGAGAUGAGAAGGGAUGGGAAGCAUCCACUUGGCAAGGAGGAGGAAGGGCUGAUUACAACAAAGACGGGGUAAGGGAUCUUAAAGGGCAUAUUAUGGGAGGGGAAGGGAAUAAGUUACAAGAUAAGAUACAAAAGCAAAUGGCUUCACUGAAACAUAUUACCAAGAAAUGCAACUUAAAAAAAAUUAAAACCAAGAUAAAUCACUCCCAAAUUUUCAUACUUAAAAUAAAGCCACAAAAGACAAAAAAUAAAUUUAAAUGGUGAUAAUGACCAUCUAGCAAAUACAUUUAUACACCAAGAUGUAAUUAGACCUAUCACAAAAUUAUUUUAAUAUUUAAGUAUAAGUAUUUUAAGCAUUUACUUAAGAUUAAGAUUAAAUAUAAAUAUUUAAUACUACUUCAGUUUUUUUUUUUUUUAAUUCUUGAUCCAAAUGGGAUGUAAAGUGCCUGAGGUGGAAUUUGAGCUCACGUCCUUCUAAUUCCAGGAGGAACUCUAUCCACUGUACAAUUUAGCUGCUUCUAUUUAUGUAUUUUAGAAAAAGAGCAAAGAUCUAAUAACUUGAGAGAUUCAAUGUGCUUGGCUAGAUGGAGCUAAUAUAUUAAACCUACUCGUUUGCUAUUGUAUUACUUAUAUACCACCAAUAGGCUAUUUCAAAAUAAUAAGUAAAAAUGAAUUUGCAGAAGAACAAAGAAAAUUAUGGGAAGGAAAAAGAGGUAUUUGCAUGGCAACAUUUCUAAAACUAUCUGGAGCUAGUUAUGAAUCAGAAAAAGACAUUGAUGUGAACAGGUUAUUUUGAGCUAGAAUCAAAUGUAUAACUACUCCAGGAUCACAAAUACUGAGGAGAAGAAAUAUUAAAUAAAAACAGACCAUGUGAAAAAGUAUAGCAAAUACAAUUUUUUUUAAAAGCUAAGAAUUAAAUAUCAUACCACUACCACAAUGAUUACAAAGUGUCUUAGUGUCCUCAAUAGGUACAAGAAAACCAAGAAUUUAAGGGAAAAUCUUUAUCAAUGUUUUUGGAUAUAAUUCUGACAUUGAAGCUUAUGGUGAUAUUAUGAGCUACCAACACAAGAGACAAAUGGGAACAAGCAGUUCCCAAGAGAAAACAAAUCAAAAUCCACAUGAAAAUUUUCAACCUCUAGCAAGAAGAAUGUAACUUAAGCACCAGGAUGUUAUCUUAUACAUUUUAGAGGGCAAAGACUUUAGUUAAAAUAUUUGCAAUCCCUAAUUGGAAGGACUCGAGAUAAACAAGGGCAUUUUUUUGAAUAUGACAAAACUCAAAUAAACUUGUUCAUAGCUUCCAUAUUGAGGGGAAAUCAAGGAGGAACAGAUGAGACUCCUGUCCUUAGUGCCAGGAAGCCCUAUUUUCAGUCUGGCUCUGAAAGGUCCACAUUUGCUCUCCCUGGUACAAAAAUAUUCUUAGAAAAAUCAGAAACACUCCAUCUGUUCAACUGUUGGGUAUGGUUGGCAACAAGUAUAUAAUAUAAAUAGCAAACCACACCGGAAAGGCAUGGAAAAGAGCAUGAUGCCAUUACCUUGUUAAUGUCUACUUCUUAAAUAAAACCCCCUGCAACUAAGAAAAGUUUAAAGAUCCAUUUAAAGGAUUUCUGUCUUGCACUUUCACAGAAUUUAGUGAAAAUCAAUCAUUGAUAACGUGUCCUUAAAUGUUUUUCAAAGUAUCUGAUAUCAAAUAAAUCAGAAACGCAGAACCAAACAGAUAGACUAAUAUUAGAUAAAACCAAGAUCAUGGAAAACACCGAGGAAGGGAUAUUCUACAUUAUGCCAGAAAUUCCAAUGAUUUCAAUAAUCCAAAUAAUAAGUAUUAGGAGAUAAAGGAAUGUUGUAGUUAACUUUGCUACACAAUUCUGAAGUAUUCAACCAAGACACGUUAUAGGCAGCAGAGUAAAAAUAAUCAAGAAACGAAACAGGGUAAAAGAGAAUAUCUUUGCCAAAUGUAUUGGAAACUUACAUAUACAUCAGAAAAAUGCAACUCGAUACAAGAACUUCUUCCUUCUAAGGAGCUUUCUAAUUGAUUCCAAGGAAAGGUUCAUGGGGGACAAGGGUAAAUCUGGAAAUAAGUGACACAUGAUCGUGCUGAAUGAAAUGACUCAAGGAAAGAAGGAAACGUGAAGAAAGCUGCGCUAGAAAUAUCUAUUUAUACACACCUGCAUAUUCACACUGAAUAUAAUUAUGGAAGUCACAGCACACCAUCCAAGAUAGCAAAAAGUUCUUGGUUUCUUAGGGGGAGGUGUUAUAUAAAACAAGAGCAAUUUUUUCAAUACUUUGUUAAAAUUAAAUUUUUUUUGUUUUUAAUCUACCUAAUGUAAAUGUGAUUCCUUUUACUUAGUUGUAAAGAACUGAGGACUUAGGACUUACUGCUAUGUCAGAUGAGGAAAGAGAAACCAAUUAGCUAAACAUUGCUUAACAUAUUGCUAAGCUGAACCACAUUGCAUCAACAGAACACUUAGAUAGUCAUCCUAAAUACCCUUUUAUUAUUUUUCAAUCAUAUCUGACUGAUGACCUCAUUAAACAUAUCUUAAGUCAAUGAUAAAAGAUUUUUUUUGAGGAAUAAGGAAAUUGGAGAAUUCGGAUACAGUUAGAUUCAGUCAAUACCCUAAAAAUGAUUAAAAUUGACCUAUUUUAUUGAUUUUUGGUGUUACACAAUGUCUCAAGAUCAGUACUUUAUAGGAUUAAAUAAAAACUUUUGUGACAAAUUUUAAAAGCUACUUAUAUGAAAGUAGGGAGAUGGAUUUAUAUGUAACUCCAAAAUCUAAUAUUAGAUGUUAGAAAAGAUCAACAAACUCUAUUUAUACAAUAUACAACUUAAUAAAAUACAAAAGCUAAAGGCUAGGACAGAAGGAAAAUUCUAUUUCAAAGGGAAAAAUAAAAUAAACUUUGACAUCAUUUAGCCAGAUAUAUUGCAAAUACAGAGGUAAUAUAAAUGUAGUUAUAAAAUCAUUAAGAAUUAAGAGUGAAAGGAAAUCUUGCACUAUUUGAGUAGUUGUGAGGGGCUCCAGAAUAGACCUCCUGGAUGGGAAGUGAGCGGUUCCAUGUCUGAACCCGCCCACCCAGAACUGCCACGUAGGCAGAGACCGAGGGCACUGGGAAGGCACAAGAGGAACAUAGCUCCACCUUCGGGGAGGAUCUAGGAGGGACCACCAAAAUACCGGAAGAGAAGCCUAGAGGGAUAAAAGAAGCACAGACUUGUAGGGGGAACAUUUUCUUUUGCUACUCCUUGAAUAAAAAGCUGCAUUAACUCCGGCUCCCUGUCUAGUCAUUUCCCUUUCGAGGGAUCCGGGGACGCCCGAAGCUGAGUCCGCAGAGGACGGACUUAGAGUGCGGAGGAAGGAGACCUGCUUUUGCCGUGAAUACCACGCUCGGGACCCUAACAAGUAGUGAAUUGAACAAAAAUGCAUUUUAGGCAUGUAAAGGAGGUACUAUACUGACAAAUUAUAAAACAAAGGGAAAAAGGCAAGCAAAUAUAUAGGGCCGGGGAGGAGGUACUCUUGGGGGAAAAACUAAAAUCCAUUAAUCAAAAUAUUAAAAUGUAUUAUAUAUAAGUAUAAAAUCUCUAUAAGUAAUGAUCAUUUUCCCAAAAGAUUAGGAUAUACUCGGAUGGCUUUUAAAAGAAAUACAACUAAGAGAAAAGCAAACUAGAAAAACUGGCAUAAUACAGUGAAGCCAAAUUGGCCAAUAUUGUGGAAGACGAUAUUCAAUUGCCGUUUGUGCUGUGGCAAAAUGGCCACGAUGUGCUGCCAUAGUGGCAGUAAGAAAUCAGUAUGAUCUCAAUACAAUAUGAUGCCCUUCAAUAAAGUUCGGCAGCACUGCCAAUGCUUCCGACUCCAUUAGUGCUGUGCUUGAAGCAAAUCCAUUGGUAGGAACAAGAUUAUUCAAAACAGUAAAACCCUAGCAAUCCCCAUGUCCCACAAGCAAAGAAUGACUGCACAGCUUAAACAUUUGAAUAAUAUUUGAAUUGUAGGAUGGGCCAGAACUCUGAAACAAGGAUUCUUACAAGGUAUUAAGGGCUUGGAGAUAGACUGGAGGAAGACAGUAGCUGGAGGCUGGAGCACAAGUUCUGGGACUAAGACAGACUUCAAGUAGAGUUCUGGCCCAUAACAGGAAAAAAGCUGCUUGGGAAAAAAGGGGGAAAUAUAAACGAAGUCAUAUUGACAAUACAUAAAAGGAAACACUCAAAGACACAGAAAUGUUCAGGAAACAAUCAUUACUACUACUUCAAGUCAUGAAAACAUAACAUGAAUAGGUCUUGUGGAGUUUGAAAUUUUGUAUAAUUUCUUUUAUCCUAAAAUUACCAAGCAUCCAUUCUAUCAGGGUGCUAUAAAUCAAGGGUUGCCACUUGAGGUCUGAGAAAGGUCACUACCCCCUGGAUGGUAGGAAGUGGGAGGGCUGCAGGGAGACACCAAACAUUUCUAAACUUUUGUGGAAAAUACACGGGAGGUAAGAAUCUGGUUGUACAAAGUCUCGGGAGAAAGGUUGCUGGGCAGCAGGAAGGUAUGUGAGCUUCUGAAUAUGGUUCAAGAAACAAAUAUCCAUAAAAUGAGCAGAGAAAAAGGGCUCCUGCAUUUUUAGCAGUAACUGGAUGCUUUCCUCUUGUAUGCAGAGCAAUUCUAGGAAGAACAGGAUCACUUCAGACAAGCGUAAUACUAGUUCUCUGAUAUUACACGGCACGGCUCUAAUAGUCUCCAUGAAGCAUAAUGUACACAUAUGUUUGAUUAAAUUGCACUUAAUGGAUUUAUAUGGAAUAUCUGAAAUCAGCACUGAAAUAAAACUUAAAAUGACCACCGAAGUCACAAACCAAACAAAGCCUAGUUAGUACUAUCCCAGCACACCAGGACGCUACCUUUUCCACGGGGCAUUCCAUUUAAAAACAACAAUCAUCAACCAUCUACUUGCAGAACUCUGCACUGAGAGCUUAGGAAGGUUAAGGGGGACAGCUUAGAUCUAGUUGCUACCAUCAUGGGCCAUGGCCAUGGGACUAGAACCAAGGGGUUAUUCGAGUAUAAUUAUAACAAUAAGUAGUUUUAGAAAAUGGAAUGUAAAGUAAAUACAAAAAUAAAAUCAACAUUUCUAUACGGUCACUGGAUGCAUACAAAUCAUAAAAUCUUUCUGUUUCAAUGGAAAAACAAUAAGAAAUAUUAUUACUCUGAUUUAAGACCUUGCACAGACCUUCUCUCUUCACAAAAGGAUGUGAAAAAUGAACAACUGUGAAUAAAGAGACAAACAGAACAAAAAUGUGCCUUGGAAUUAGGAGCAUUCCUUAUUCCCUGAUCCAAGUCCAGUGGCCUUUCAUCCACGUGGCAAGUAUUAGGAUACUGAUCACUGGAAGGCCCCCCUUUCCACCUGAGGACAGUCCUAGCAGGAAUUGAGUAGUUUAGUGACAGUUGGUCUAUUGUACUUAGAGCAGGAUAGAAACCCCAAAUUGGCUUUGAACUUCUGGCUUAGGUAGGGCUGUAACUCAAGACUCCUACAACCGUCACCUCAAAUUGUCUUGAGGUAACGACGAUAGAAAUACUUGGACACAGAACAAUUAUCAUUUCUGAAGGAUUUGUGACUAAAAUAAGAAUAUCUGCACAGAAGUAUUUGGCCGUUGAUCCACAUACGUGCACAUACAUAUACUUACACAGUAUUUAUAGUUACCAUUUAGAAAAGAGACUCAGACAAGGAAACAGUGCACAUGGCCGAGGUCAGCACCUAAGAUAAAAAACUGCCCCAAAGAAUCACUGCUCUGGUGUUAUACUUAAAGUCACCAUCUCAGAGAAUUUCUGCAGUCUAGUUUGUCAAAAAUGAAACUGAAAUUAAAAAAAAAAAUCAAUAUACAACAUCUGAGAAAAUACAAGUGAUGGGGAGCAGUCCAGGAGGGAAGUUCAUUGUGUGGGGGAGCUCUGGAGGGAUUGGGUGGGGGGGCUGCUGGAAUUCAUACAAAGCUCCAGGAAGAAAAGAGUAGAAUUUUCAGGGGAGAAAAACUCAGCAUAUGGGAGACCUAUCAUAGUUCAGGUGGCUGGGGCUGUAAAGGGCGUCAGAUUACUGAGGGGAAGGGGAAGAGAAGGCUUUGAACUACAUUAUUGAGACAAACAGACACACAGGUACAGAAACGAUAUAUAGAAUUCUAGAGCCCUAAGUGGACUUUAGUAUUCCAAAGGGGUAGUCGGUCCUUAGGGUCAUCUCCUGGAAUCCAAUUCCAAUAAUUCUGAGCGUUUAUGGUAUCUAGAUUCUGAUACUGGGACAAAUCAAAGCCUAGAUGAGACUUUAGUGUGGCCCAUGAAUAAUAUACACCAUAUUUUCAAAACACAAAAGAGAAACUAAUCUAGAUUAUAAUGGCCUCAGCAAAAUACAGGAUAAAACUCUAAAAAUCAAACUUUUUUUUAAUUUAAAGAAAUCUGUGGAAGUAACACUUUCAAAGAUUGACUAUAUAUAAAAUAUUUGAGUUUAUACAGAUACACAUGAGAUAUAUGAAGCCGAUGAUCAGACAAUUUUUAGAUAAAUCCACUGGAGGGACACAACAUGCAUUAUUACAGUGUUAUCUGAUUUGAUAUUACAUGGUCUUACCCCAAUGGGCUCAUUCACAUGGGCUCUGGGUAGCAGAGGUUCAGACUCAGGAAUCAAGAGCAGAGUUUGAAUCCUACCUCAGGCAAUUAUUGAUCAGGGGAUCACGAGCAAGUCAUCUAACCAGUAAGGCUGUUCUUCCUUCUUUCCAAAAAGUAGACAAGGUCUCCUAUCUCCAAAGAUUUUGGUUUAUAUGUAGCUUUUUGCAAACCUGAAAAGUGUUGUGUAAGUUUAGCUAUUAUAAUUAUUAUAAUAAAAUUUAUAUAACAAAUGAGAAAGGUAAUUAUAAGGGAGAAGGGGAAUUUAUACAACUAGAAAUCAAAAUAUAUUCCAAAGUAACAAUCAAAACCAUGUAAUAUUUAUAGCAAUGAAAUAGUAAGUCACCAUAAGUGGAACCAAAUUUAUAUAACACAGAGUAGCUCAGUAUACCCAAAGAAAUGAGAGAGGGAUGUUAAUCAAUACACAGGAAAAUUGGGGAGCAAAUAGCAUAUGGGGGAAAUGGCAUCAGAUAUAAAUCAUAUCCAUCUCUCAAUGAAUUACAAAUGCAUGGCAUUUACUUUAAAACUAUCAUCCUACAUUAUAGGACACAAUAGAAUGCUCUAUCAUAGUUAUAUACAGAUGGAAAAUUCUGAGCUAAUCAUCAAAUACAGCAGUGUAUAAGAGAUAAAAUAAAUGGGUUUCAUUGUAAAAGGCUGGCAAGAAAAUAUAAAGAUUGGGAAACUUAAAAGGUCAAAGGUUAGAAAUAUGCAAGUAUCAAAACACAAAUCACUAACACAGAAGAGUAAAACUAAUGAAAAAUGUAAACAUUGUACACGACAGUAAUGCUGGUUGAGGUGGGGCAAAAGAGGCACCUUGUGAGUGAUGGGGCUAUUAUAAAUUGAUAUUGCAUGCUUUCAUGCAUAAAUAACCAUAAUCCCAUGGUGGGAUUAUGCCUUUCAAGGGAACAAAAGACCCAAUUGUAAAAUAUACAUGUAGCAGUGUUAUUUAUAACAAAAAAGCCCAAGGAACACAACAGUUGGGGAAGAGCUAAGCAAAUUAUGAUAAUCUGAAUGUGUGGUGAAAUAUAUGGUACUUUUUUUUUUAAUGUGGAAAGAUAUAAAAUAAUAAAGCAAAAUUAAAAUAAACAUUUAUAUUGAUUGUGAUUAGCCAAACUAGAAACACCAGGGGUAAGCUCACAAAUGUUCCAAAGAGGGUGACUGAUCUGGCUUUUUAGAGAGAACAAAAAUCAUCCUAAAUAAUAAAAUAAAAAAAGCCUGGUUUAGUCGUUUCUAAUUAUUUUAUAUAUAGGUUAACAGUAGAGGGAAAAACUUACGAAGUCCCAUUUCAGAAAAAGAAAUUGAACAAAUCAUUAAUGGAUUCACAAGUGAAUUCUACCAAACAUUUAAAAAACAAUUAAUUCCAAUACUAUGUAAACUAUUUGGAAAAAUAGGUAAAGAGUCCUACCAAAUUCCUUCUAUGACACAAAUACGGCACUGAUCCCUAAAUCAGGAAGAGCCAAAACAGAAAAUUACAAACAAAUCUCCCUAAUGAAUAUUGAUGCAAAAUUUUUAAAUAAAAUAUUAACAAAGAAUUUAUAGCAACUUAUCAGCAGGAUAAUAUACUAGACCAAGUGGGAUUUUUAUACCAGAAAUGCAGGGCUGGUUCAAUAUCAGGAAAACUAUUACCAUAAUGGACUCUUAUCAAUAACAAAACCAAAGGAAACCAUGAGAAUCUCAAUAGAAAUGGAAAAAGUUUUGACAAAAUACAUCACCCCAUUCUAUCAAAAACAUUAGAGAGCAUAGGGAUAAAGGGAGCUUUCCUUAAAAUAAUAAGCAGUUUCUAUCUAAAACCUACAGCAAAUAUAAUUUAUAAUGGAAAGAAGCUAGAAGCAUUCCCAAUAAGAUCAGGAGUGAAACUAGAAUGCCCAUUAUCACAACUAUUAUUUAACAUUGUACUAGAAAUAUUGGUUUUAGCAAUAAGAAAAAGAGAGGAACUAGAAAAGGCAAGGAGGAAAUAAAACUAUUAUUCUUUGCAGAUAUGAUAAGUAUCAUCAUCAUUAUAGAAAAUCCUAAAAAAUCAUCCCAAAACCUACUGGAAAUAAUUCACAGCUUUACUAAGUUGCAGGAUAUAAAAUAAACCCACACAAAUCAGCAUUUCUAUAUAUUACUGACCAAGCUCAUCAGCAAGAGAUAGAGAAAUUCCAUUUAAAAUUACUGUAGACAAAAUAAAAUACUUGGGGGAGGGGGAUCCUACGUGCCAGGACAAACUCCAGAGCUAUAUGAACACAGUUGCAAAACACUUCUCACACAAAUAAAAUCAGAUUUAAACAAUUGGAACUGGUUCAGUGCCAUGCCAUUCUAUCAAAACAUUAUUUUAUAGAACUAGAAAAAAAUAAAAUUUAUCUGGAAGAACAAAAGAUCAAGAAUAUCAGGGGAAUUAAUGGGAAAAAAAUACAAAGGAUCAUGGUUUAGCAAUACCAGACCUAAACAACAUUACAUUACAAAGUAGCAAUAAUCAGAAUCAUUUGGUACUAGCUAAGAAGUAGAGUGGUGGAUCAGUGGAAUAGAUUAGAUACACAUGACACAUUUAAAGCAAGGCCUAUAAUAUUUGAUAAACCCUCAACUCCAACUUCUGGAAUAAGAAAUCAGUAUUUGACAAAAAUUGCUGGGAAAACUGAAAAGCAAUGUCAGAGACUUGGCAUAGAUCUACAUCUCACACCUCAUACUCAAAAUGGAUACAUAAUUUGAGCUUAAAGGAUGAUACUGUAAACAAGUCAGGAAAUAAGGGACACUUGACUUAUCAGAUCUUUGGAGAAGGGAGGAAUUUAUGACCAAAGAAGAACUAGAAAACAUUAUGAAACGCAAAAUGGACAAUUUGGAUUACAGUAAAUAAAUGAAUUAAUUCAUAAAUAAGUAAACAUUUAUAAAUAAAUUAAAUAAAAAUACAGUAAUUUUUUUUUUAAUUUGCAAACAAAACCAACAGAAAUAAAAUUAAAAGGAAAGUACAGAUUUUUGCUGGGAAAAAUCUUUACAGGCAGUAUUUUUGAUAAAGGUCUCAUUUCUAAAAUAUAUAAAGAAUUUUGUCAGAUUUAUAAGAUUACAAGUCAUUCCCCAAUUGAUAAAUGGUCAAAAGGAUAUGAACAGGCAAUUUUCAGAUAAUGAAAUUGAAGCCACAUAUAGUUAUAUGAAAAAAUGUUCUAAAUCACUAUAGAGAAAUGCAAAUUAAAACAACUGACAUAACACCUCACAUCUCUCAGACUGGCUAAAAUGACAGGAAAAGAUGAUAAAUGUUGGCGGGGAUGUGGAAAACUGGGAUACCGAUGCAUUGUUGGUGAAAUGAUCCAACCAUUCUGGAGAGCAAUUAGAACUAUGCCCAAAGAGGUAUAAAAUUGUAUACUCUUUGACCCAGCAAUACUAUUACUGGGUUUGUAUUCCAAGGAAAUCAUAAAGGAGGGAAAAGGACCUACACAUGCAAAACCAUAGCAAUUCUUUUUGUGGUAGCAAAGAAUUGGAAAAGGAGCAGAUGCCCAUCAAUUGGGGAAUGGCUGAACAAGUUGUAGUACAUGAAGGUAAUGGAAUAAUAUUGUGUAAAAAAUAAUGAAUAAGCUGACUUUAGAAAGGCCUGGAAAUAGUUACAUGAACAGAUGCUGAGAGAAACAAGCAGAACCAGGAAUACAUUGAACACGGUAACAGCAAAAUUGUACUAAUGAUCAACUAAGAAAGGCUUGUUUCUUCUCAGUGGUUCAGUGAUUCAAGGCAAUCCCAAUAGACUUUGGACAGAUAAUAGCAUCUGUCUCCAGAAAAAGAACUAAGGAAACUGAAUGCAAAUCAACACAUGUUAUGUUCACUUUUGUUUUUCCAAUUUUUCCCUCUCAACAAUUCAUAGAGGAAUAUGAACUAAGACAAAAUAAUUUUAAAAAUAAAAUAAUUGUAUGUAUAACAACAAAAAAAGAUUUUAUAUCCUAAAAUUACCAGUCUUCAAGUAAAGUAUAGCUUGAAACCAAAUAUCUUCACACUUGAGGCUCAAGGUCAGUGCCCAUUAGGGAAGGCCACAAAGAGGCCAUCUUUGAGCUAGACUUCACAAAGCUUGGGGAAGAAUUCUACCUUCAGAGAACAGAGGCUGGGGGCCUGGGAGGAGGCUGCAUGGCUGAGUUCAUGGAGCUCAGAAUAAGCUUUUUUAAAAACCAAAACGAAAUAAACACAUUUACAAUCUCCUCUGUACACUAUGCUAUUUAGGCAACCCCUGACCUGAAUACUGAUAGGAAACAAAAGCCUGAGUACCGUGUCCUAUUACAAUUACAGGAAUCUCAAAAUACACGUGCCAAUAAUGGGGGAAAGGCUAAGUAAGUCACGCUAGCCUGCGUGGGUGCCAUGAGAAAGAGCAAAUAAAGAUUAAAAAAUAGAAGUACCGUGAACACAUACCAUGAAACCAAAGUGAAUCUGAAAGAAUAAAUGCAAAUAAAAAAAUUACGAGAAAUGUUGCUGCUAAUUAAAGAAAAAACUGCCAUUUAAAAUGAAACUUUUUCUUUUUUUCUAUUUUACUUUGUUAAUGCUCUGAAAUUACCAAUCACAUAAAAAAGUAGAGGGGGGUGUCUCACCGUACAACAGAGGUGGAAGAAGUGAAGACCAAUGGAGGCAUCAUAAUAAAUUCAGUUUUAAAUACCAAAACAUCAUACAGGUAACAUGUAUACACUGGGACAAGGGACAAGAUGACCCACAAAACACAUGGCCCCCAUAGUAGGCAGGACCUGGAAUAGCCAGGAUGAGAUCUAGCAGAUCAAUGCAGAUCAGAGGAAGAUUAACACAGAUUAUUAUCCAACAUUAUUUGAGAAGUACAAGGGAGGCUGAAAUCGAGUGUUGUGAGAAGUCUAAAGGGGAAGGGGGUCGCUCAAACUGAGGGUUCGGAGAUCACAAGGCCUAGGGAAGGGGCUGAAAGCAGAGCAUCUAGGGGAGCUUUUACCAGUCCAGUCUGGCUGAGGCCAUAAAGUAAUGGAGGGCUCUAAAUCACAUAAGAAGGUAAGGGAAGGUAAAGUUUCUGAGCAGCACUGUAGUAACUAAAGUGAAACUAAAAGCACGUUAGAGUAGCCAACAAAUCCAUUAUCAAAGUGCUGAGAAACAGAAAUUAUUACUGAAUGACAGGAAAACUGGUAAUGGGAAUUGGCAAAAUGGGAUCCACAACACACUCCAAUAUAUCACAAAUGUACAUGUAAUUCCCAUGGAACUUUUGUUUAAAAAAAAAAAAAAAUUCCAUCGGGGAGAAAUACUUAAUAAACAACUCCUGCAUUUAUAUUUUUUCACUUCAGUAUUUGUCCAUUAAGCUACAUUCUAGAGCAUAACAGGGAGAAGACAACAUGGAUGACUGUGGGAAGCAGCAUUAGUUUCAAGGGCAGAAAUCCUAGAAAUGCACACGUGUGACAACUGGGAAAUGGCCUGAACUGUACCAUCCGAAUGACAUCAUUAAUAUACCAUAAGAAAGUAUAAAUAUGAAUGAAAUAAAACAUGGGGAGACAAGAAAUAUAACAGAGCCAACAUUAACACUGACUCAUAUUAUAUAAACUCCAGAAAAAAUUAUAAAUGGUAAAAAGAAGGAAUCUUAACCAUUCUGGAUUAUUAAGACAGUAAAAAAUCUACCAUAAUCAAGCAAGUCUGGUUUUGUACUUGGCUUUCUAAUACUCAUUGCUGAAAUCUUGGGGUCCUAAAGGUAGGGAGCAUUGAGCCACAGCCAUAUUAAAGAACACAGUUGUGUUCACACACACACACACACAACACACACACACAGAGUGAACCUAAGGCAGUAAAUGGACUCGCUCACUUCCUGGCAACACUAACAGGAGGAAAUCUUGGAAAUGAGUUCCACGAUAAAUAAUAACAUGGGAUAGGGUCCUCUAUGGUCAUUCCAUGAGAUUCAAUUUCAACACCGUGAAGCAUUUCCUGUUCAUGGAUCCUUGCACUGACAACUUGGAGAAAUAAAAAAAAGUCUGAUUAUAGCCAGGCCCUGACCCGAACUGUGACCAUGGGGUAAAAACCACGGCACUGAUACCAUAAACAAAGAGACAAAAACACACCUGAUGAAAACACGGUGCUAGCCAGCUGUGGCAAAAACCAGGAGCCAAGUAGCCCAACUGUCCACAAUUCUUAGCAGUUUUUAACUAAAAUCGCCAAGAAGAAAUUGAGUGAAAAGCCAUUUACAACAGCAGAAUCUAUGAAGUAUUUGGGCAAGAAACAUGAUAGACCUUCAGUCAACUCUACCAGUUUUAAAGGAAUAAUUAAAUUGGACAAUCAAACCCAGGGACCAAAAUCAUUGAGUUUUGCUGCUUGCAUAGCAAUAUAGCUUCUGCAAUAAUUAGAAAUGGUAUAUCAGAUAUAUACAUAUACAUCUAUAUAUAGCUGUGAUAUAUGCAUACACAUAAGAUAUAAACAAGAAAUGAGCAGUGAAUCAAACUAAAUAACUACAUUAAUAAAUCAAAAUAAAAAGUGUAACACUGAUGAUCAUUUAAAUUACCAAAACACCAAGGAAAGGAUCUAAUGGAUAGGAAAAAUGAGAUAUAUUUCACUAUAUAUUCCAACAAACUGCAAAAGUGACCUGAAGAAUCACCAUAAAGAAGUUUUCAAAAACUAUAAACCAACAGUUACAUGGAACUGUUUAGACCUGCAGAGAAUUCAGAUAAAAAACCCCACGACUAGAACCGGUAAAGUGUCUCUGAUAGAGCCAUGGCAAGAGAGGCACAUCAUAACCCUGCUGGGGCAGCUAGGAACUGACCUCAUUCUUAUUGAAACAUGGGAUAGCAUAAUGAGAAAUGACGUUAUUUCUUAAAUGGCAGGAAAGCCAUGAUAACUGCAAUAUGACAGAACAUUGAAAUGAGAAUCAUGAAAAAAGAAAACGUGGGAAGGUAAUCACAUUUUAUAGAACCAAAGUUAUAUUCACACUGACCACUGAUUAUAUAAACUCUUGAGUAGGGAGAACAUAAAUGUUGGUUGGUUGAUGCUUAUUAAAGAGAAUAAAAAUCUACCACAAUUAGUGGAAGGCUUCUCUUUAAAAACUUAUAUCCUACAAUUACCAAUUUAGGUUAGAGCUAAAACCAACUUUUGUUUGGUGAGGCCCAAGAAAGGUCACUCUGCAUGAAGUGGAAAUGUACAGCUUGAGCAAAUUCUGUGCUAUGGGGAAGGGAGAGAGAGGGCACAAAGUGGCCAGGUAAGCCAAAAGCACCUGGGAUUUACCAAAAAUAGCAUGAGACAUAAAACCUAUUUAUCUAAAAACAUCAUGUGAAAAGUAUAAGGAGUAGAAGAAACCAAGGGCUGAGGGGAGCUCAUCCGCUGGGAUUGGAAUAGCUACAAAGCAUAAAGAAAACAUUAAAUUUUAGAGAAGCAGAGCAUGUGGGAGACCCCGACAGGGCAGUCCGUCUGGGGCUCUAAAGGGAGGUGGGACCAGAUCAUGGGGCAAAGAGAGGCUUUGAAUCAGACAUACAUAAGGAAAGGACCCAUGGGAUUUCAGAAGAAUAAAUGGAUUCUGAUCUUACUCUAGAGACAGCACUCCCAAUACUAAGGAGAAUGUGCUCCCUUCAGAGAAAAAGGAAUAUGAUCUUUACGGUAUACCCAAGGCGCAGGGUCUUUACAGUACCCCAUGGGACUCUCAUGCACGUAUGGUUAGCAGCAAAUCAAAAUCAGAUCACCCACAAUCUGUGGGACUACAGCGACCGAUACAGUACAUUAUCCACAGACAAUAAUGUAAUGGACCUGGAGCAAGAUAGUAACUUCAGCAGAAACAGGAUUAGGAUAAAACCACAAACACCAGUUUUAAAAAAUAUUGUUCUCUAACAAAUAAAAAGGAAAUUGGUGAAAAUUAAUUUACGAUAAUCGACUGAACAAUUCACAAACAUUUGGCUUAUAAUCACAACUCUUAAGUCUAAAUUUUUAAAAAAGAACUAUGGGAAGAAAUCACAUGAUAUUAAAGCAGAUCCAAAAGAAUAUUCACUAGUCAGAAUUAUACCCACUACAAAUACCUGGGGGGGAACAAAACUAGCCACAAGGGGAUAAUGCAGUUAAAAGAGAAUAAAAUUAUGCUUCUAAAAACAAAACUCUCCCUACUUACAAUGCCGAUUUUAUAUUGCCUUCUCUUAGCAGUGUCCUUAAAUUACUUUACAGACUAACACCAUUUUGGCUCCUGCCUCUUGCAUUUAUUAGCCAAGUAACAGCAAGUCACUUAAACCUCUCUGGGUCUCAGUUUCCACAGUCAUGAAAUGGGGAUUAUAAGGAUCAACUGAAGUCACCUAAAUAAAACUCUCUGAAAAACUUCAAGGCUAGUCAGAGGCUAUUAUUAUUAUUCACAAUGAGAAAGAAAACAGGAAGAAAAGGUUGUACAGCUCCAUCUCAAAAUCUAAAGUAGGAUUAAUGGAAACCAACCAGAUCUGGAUAUAAGGUCAAUGAAACAUGGUAUUACCUAAGGGGCCGGAAGGUAGAACAAUCUAGCAUCCUGAAGGCUUGGGGAGGGCACCCCUGGGGACUGACCCCACAUGUUCCAACUUUCCAGUGAACCCAAUUACCUUAGAGCUACAGGAAGGAAUAAAUACAAUAUAGGAUGUAAUCACAAUUAAAUAGGUGGGGAACCCUUAGUUAUUCAUCAAAUAAAGCAACCGUAGGAGAGAAAAUAAAUGGGUUGGAUGGUAAAAAAAUAAAAUAAAAAAUCAUGGCAUCAAAUAUAAAGAAUUUAUAGGAAUAAUUUUUAUUCCCCAAAAGAUCUUAUAAGACUCAAAUGAUAAAAUCUGAAAUAAAAUUGUUAACUAAUAGAAAGCAUUCAAAACCACUGGGGGAAUUGGCUGCUGGCGCAGCUGUGAAUUGAUGGACUCUCAAAUGUCAGCUCAGAAAUAGAGUACCAAACUCUGCCCAAAGGAAAUGAUAUGGAGGGGAGGGCCUUGUUGGACAGGGUGGAAAGCAAAUCCUACUGACCCCACAAGCCAUACUCUCUGAAUGAGACCGGUAUUCUAAAGGAAACAGUACAGAUUUAAAAAGUUUAAAAAUGAACAAAUAUUAGUUCCAGCCAAAAUCAUAAGAACUACAAACACGGGAAAACAUACCUGUAAUGAGGGGGAUGACUGGUACUACUUUACCAUAUUGUGUUCGAUUUUGUGAUGAUUUUUUUUCCAACUUCUUACAGUCUAAAAUUAACUCAACUACAUAGACCUCUAAACCAAAGCCUGCCACUUGAGGCCCAAAAACGGUCACUAGUGUCCGAGUGGGGGUGCGAGAGGGCAGGAUCGUAGGAAGCGGCAGCAUUGGGGUUGUUUUGUAGAGCUUGGGGUGCCUGAAGGCCACUGGGCCCAGGAGUCAAAGGAGGUAAAAGAGACAAAUCACUUUGGGCCUGGUCAUAGAUGAUAUCAAUGAGAACAUGGCCAUCACCUCCUCCCUACGCCAUGCUCUCUUCACACCCACUGGGACACCAGGAGGGACGAUGUUCUCUCCUUGGCCUCUCACUGGGGGCACAAAGCCUGGUUGGCACGAAGACCCAGAGCUCACGAAGAUACAGGUCAGAGGAAAUGAGACCAAAACCCAAAAUGAUUAGAGAAGCACAUGGAACAGAGAGCCUGAGGAAGUGGGGGAGAAGGUGUAGGAACAAUGGAUGAUCUCAGAGAUUGGAACCCAGCAUAUGGGAGACCCUGAUCUGGGAACUGGAGACGGCAUUGGAUCACGGUGGGCAGCAGGCUUAGAAUCGCCUUAGGACCAAGUCUGGGUACACACACGUUACCAAAAGGACAUUACCAGGGCAGUAAAUGGGGAACAGUGCCCCCCACAAUCACAGCAACACCAUGAACAACACAAUCUCUUCAGAGAAGGAAAAUAAUUUGAUCUCCUUGGAAGUAUUCAAAAGGUCUAGGUCUUUAUGGUCAUUUCAGAGGAUUCAUUUCCAGUAGGGACAGUUCUGAUAAUCUCAAAUCCUUUAUCCCCAGAAAGUCAGUAUUCCUGGUUAUCCCAUAGCAUUAAAUCCCAUUAUUAUAAAAAGAAACCUAAUCAUGACACAGGAAUAAGGAAUAAAAACAGGAUAUUGAGUAAUUUAUCAACAUUUCUUGAUCAUUCUCUAGCAAAAGGACCACAAUUAAUUCAAAGAAAGAGCAUUUAUAACAGGACAUAAUAAAAUACAUGUAUGAUACCUAUUUUUUAGAGAUAAAUUUAUCACAAUUUUUAGAAAAACAAACUGGACAGAGUCUACCUGGCACCCAGGCUUACUUGUUGUCUCAGUAUCCACGGCCUAUUUAUGAAUGAAAUACAAUUUAAGCAACAAAUCAAGAGGCAGAGUAAAAAAAGGAUUAAAAGGUUUAUACAACCAGGUUUCAAAAUUACUCACAGUACAAAAAAACCUAUCUAAUAAUAGAUAUACAUUGGGAAAGGUCAAUGAACCAAAAUCAAGAAGGCUUAAAUGGAAGUACACACGUACAUCAUGUGAUAGACUAAAAUACCAAAGCACUAGAGGGGAUGCGUCAUUCAGAGAAGGAAACCAAAAGUUGUGUAUUGUUACGGUGGUCGUCCUUUGUUUUAGGAGACCAAAAUGACUUCACUAUAUUAGGGUUACAGUAUGUCCGACUCUGGCUGAUCAGCCCAAUACAAGCUCAAAAUGCUGUCACAGGUUGGACACGUAGUCCCCAUGAACAUUGGGGGUAAUUUCUCUCAUUUUGUACAUCUCACGUUUCUUUUGGGAAAAUGGAAUUAGAUAUACCCUGCAACCAAACUGCAAUUGUUUUAAAUCAUCAUACAGAAUUUAAAAAGGAUUAGUAAUUCAGAAAAGUGGGAAAUUAUCAGCUACUUAAGGCAAUUGUGGUAGACAAGAAAUGGAUUUGUGUAACAAAACUAUUUUCGAUAAAGUUCCUUAAAUUACCCACAAUGCUAAUUCACCAAAUGACAAAUGAUCAAAAGAUACAAGCAAGCUUCUAAAAAAAAAAAAAAAGUUAGAAUCUACAUAGAAAUGUUCAAAUUAGCAAUAGAACUACAAACAAGAACUCAAAUAAUACCUCAUAAAUAUGGGAAUGAGAAAGAUCACACCCAAUGCUUGGAGAACCAUGGUGAAAGACAAUGAUGGAAAUUGGUCUACUUUUUUCAAGUGAAACGUGGAAUCAUAAUAAAGAACCACAAUAUUCCUUGGACUUUUUUUUUUUUUUACUACAAGAAUCCCAUGAACUCUAUUUUGCAAAAAUAUUAACAAGGAAAACAAAACAAAAAAGAACCUGGCUCUAGAACACAUGCAUAGUAGUAUGAUCUAUAAAGAAAAUAGCCAAUGGAGAACCGCACAAGAGACUAGAAUCUCAGUGUAAAGAACUAUUUAUUAUUUGACCAUCGUUUGGGGCGAAAUUCAUCUCAGGAUGAAUAAACUACUUCAGAGAACAUGGCAGCUAGGGAGGGCUGUAGAGAAGUCUGGAAGAUGUUCCCGUUUCAGAUUCCUACCAGCUGUGUGACUAGUCAGGGCAGGUCAAUUUUGGGGGGAGAAGAGGGUCGAUUGAGGUUUGACCUAACUCCUGGGAAGAGGUUAACAUUAUCCUAGUUGAGCCUCACUGAGAAAGUAUUUUGAAAACCUGAUAAAACCUAUUAUUAGUUAAUAAAAUUUACAUAAGAGGAAAAAAGGGAGAUUGUUGAAUUGCAAAAUAUUUUAUAAUAACCAAAAUUAAAUGAAGCUAAUGAAACAGAUUGUCAGCUUAAAAUGAAAACCUGCCUAGAAUGGACUGUUUGGGAAACCCAGUAUCAAAGCAUCGAAAAAGGGGCGAAUUAUUAAAUAGAUAGGAAAACUGAUAGCACAUGGAAAAUGUACGAGCCACCCCUCACACUGUAUGGCCAAAUAAAUUGCAAACUUACCGGUACAUUUUUAAAGUUUUGUAGAAUUAGGAGAGAAAAGAUGUUUUUUUCACAAUUAUGCUGAUGGAAAAUCCUUACUUAUUCAAAACAAAUGGAGCAACUUAUAGAGUGAAUUUUAUGAUAAAAGUGUGACAUUGAAAAUAAAGAAUUUAUAAGAAUAUUGUUCAUUACUCUGGGAGAUGACUAUAAACCACUACACAGAAUUCCCAAUCCCUCUAUUUUUGUCCACCUGCAUUUAAGAGAGAAAAAAAAAAAAAAACUACAUGAAGAUCAAAAGAGAAUUUUAAGGAUUACCAAGGAAGAGUUGUUUUUUUUUUCUCAUUAUAUCAACAGAUCUGCAAAAAUUGAAUUUCAUCUUUGAAAGUUACAAGGGUCUCAUGUGUCUUUUUAAGUCCUAUUUAUGCUAUAUUUAAUAAAAUGAUUUUUGUGCAAAAAAACCCAAAAAACAUUCAUUUUCCAAGACCAAACGAGCAAAAGCUAAACAAGCAAUUUUCAAAAUGACAAUCGGUACCUAUAUUAAAGCAUUCCAACCAGAACACCGCAGAUAUCUUGGAGCCACGAUUUACCCCAAUAUACUAUGUAUGCAACGUGAGCCCAAGAAUAUGGGAAAUAAAGAUAGAGAGAAUAAAUGCAAACCAUCAUUCGGGAGGGAACGAUUGCUACUGUUUGUGAAAGUUCAUCAAAAUCUACCAUUGAGAGUGAAAGAUGGAUCAGUACUUGUGUGGUUCACAUACCAAGAAUUGCCAUUUAGCGCAUUAUGGAGCGACUGACCAAGUGCUCACUUCAUUGCUGACCCUAAGAAAUGAAUAGUGCAGGAUAAUAGAGCCUCUACUUGCCCUUUCCUGGUCUUUCAGGCUGCUUCUGUCUCAGACCUCUGGGGAACCGACCUUCCUGCGUUCUCCUUCCCAUCAGCCAUUCUCCCUCCUAAUCCCGGCUAUUUUCCCUGCCUGUUUCCCUGGCCUGGACAAGCCCCCAUGGGAGCAUCCUCUGACUUCCUUCAAGCCUCCCCUAAAAUCUCACCUUGGAUAAGCUGCUCCUACAGAUCUCCCUCAGUGCCAUGUACAUUGCUGUUGCCAUAUAGCCCGCUCCCACUAAAAUGCCAGCUGCCCUUUUUAUGGUACCUUGAACCUAGUAGGUUCUUAAAUCAAUUCUUGUUGAUAACUUGGGAAGAAAAACAGACUAUGAUAAUCCUAUAAAAACAAACACCUGAGGGGCAGUUGGAUGACACUUCCUAGCUGUCUGACCCUGGGCAAGUCACUUAACCUCAAUUACCUCACCAAAAAUAAAUGAUUGAUAGAAAUACCAUUUAUAACAGAACCCACUGAAUUCCUGGGCAUUCAUAAAGGCAAUUGCUAAACAGUUUAGAGAGAUAUCAAACAGCAAAUAUCAAAGCACAUGGCUGGGUUCAGCCUGGAAGAUAAAUAUAAUAUACUGAGAUUGCGUCACUGAUCUUGCAUUGCCCCAGGAAUCCACAGACUACCUUACUAAAUUAAAAAAAAAUUGUGUAACAAAUGAAAAAGAAAAUUACGGAGAAGACUUAAAACAAUGAGCGAACUAAUCAGCACUAGAUAUAAAUGAGAAAAUAUCAAUAAACAUAGCGAGUGUUCAAGUAGAACUUAAUCUCUGUCACAAAAAAAAUAAAAAAAUAAAAGGAAAUCCGAUUACUCAGAGGAAAAUUGGUGGCAGUAUUUGGGUAGAUAGGUGGGGAACAGAAAAGGAUGAUGAACAGCACCAGAUUUUCCUAUUGCAAAUGUUGUAUCUUUAAACCAAUAAAAAUGAGAAAAUAAUAACGAAUUGCUCCAUCUACAUAUCACUGAAUUAGGGAAAUUUUUGCCAGUAAACAAAUUAGCAGAAAUGAAAUGACUGAAUAGUUUUGCACAAGAAAACAAAGAUCUAAAAAAGGAAUGACUAGAAAAAAUCUAUUGUAACAUGCAUUUCAAAUAAUCGUGGCAUUCAGACUAAAAUGGACGGUACUGUUUAAAUAUAAAAUGGAAGUCAGGAGUUCCAUCACAGGCAGGGAACCGCCCUCAGAGCCAUAUUUGGUAGUCUCUCUCUCGGUACAUAGCAUGUAGUAUAUAGUUUAGUAGAUUGUACAUCAUUCAGUCUCUACAAGAACAGAAGCAUUGCCUUUUUGUCUAGGUCCAACUAGCCCAGUUCUAGGAGUCAGGAGACAUUUUAGACUCUAGAGAAAUACACUGAUGUGUACGUACAUGUGGAAAUCCUACUCCCAAAAACUAAAAUCUAAAAUAAAUCAACAAAACUGAACACGCCUAUUCUGCAAGUAAAAAAGAGUUUGGACCAGCCUGUCCCAGAGCCGUGGGAACCAGAUCUCGGCUACUCCCAAGGAUCAGAGUGGAACCCAGAUACCCAACGUCUCCGGGAUGCUGGUGCAAACAGCAUUGCCCGACUGGACACGGAAAACCUUGACCUUGCCAUCCUUCCAACAGCCCUGGCCAGCACACCCUGCCACACCUCGUCUCUAGCUACUGUUUUAAGGUACAUUAUGGGGUCCUGAGGCUUUUCCACAGGUUUGCACUCCAGGAGCUGGAAGAUAGUCCCUGGCACACAGAGCUCAGAUAGGAAGUGCCCAAGGGGCCAAGGUUCUAGAUCAGGUCCAAAAGGGGAAAAGAGGUAUGUGGGAGGGUUUAGAAAAGUCAGAAAGCUUCCCAGAUGUGACCAUAUGAACUGGAUCUCAAGAGUCAAUUUAAGGAUUUCAACAUUAAAAACAACCAACUGGUCUUUCCUCAGAUUAUAGCGAGGUUAUUAACAUCUUAAAAAUGAGAUCAAAUCCACUUCAUACCAUCUGGUGCUUUUCUAAUUAAGUGCUAAUAAACCAAUGGAAAAAGCCACAAUAAGAGAAGCAGAAAAAUGGGAUAUUAUCACAAGUAUAGAAUUUUUUUUCUACAAAAAUAUUGAUUUGAUUACCCAAAAUUUCUAAAUACCUCAAAAAGCAAUACAUCCAAAAGAAAAUGCAAAUAAAAGUCCAUUUUUAAUAAAAUCUCACCUAAAACAAAUUAAAUUCUAUUCAAGAUUCAUUUCUCAUUAUGUAAUUGAUCAAAAAUUUGGAACCCAUUGAAGUCCCAUCUGAGAAAUGAUUCAAAUGAGCAGAAAUGCAAAUUUAAGACUGACAUAUAGCACCUUAUUCUAUCUAUGAGACCGGUCCAGGCCUGGGAGAGUGGGUUGUGAGUUGGUGAGAGGUCCCUGGCCACAAGUCUGGCACAAAAAUGUGUAAACUCAAUAGAUAGGAAAGCUUUAAAAGUUUGGAACCUAAGUAUUUUGUCCUAACACUUUCCACUCUUACCCAACAAUUGGAGUCUACUUGGAAAAGCCUAAAAGUUGUACGGCAGUUAUAAAGAGCCAAAAACUUCCCAGUGCGGUCACAGAACAGCCGUAGCACAGAAAUGUCAUAGUGUGGUGUAUUAUAGCUAAACACGGCCACAUCAUUGCCAUAAGAAUAUCAUAUAAUAAAUGCUGGUAUCACACCUUUUGAAGCACGGGGAGAUAAGACCGUGGGGGGUGGGGGGGAUUGUAGCAUCUGGCAGCAGACACGGGUCAGGUUAGGGUAAGGCCGGAUGCAAGGACAAGUGGGAGGGGAGGCAGGAAUAGGGAACGAGUGACCCGUGGCCACCAAGAAGCCCGUAAGGCUCGAGACCAUGGGGUACAGGAGAGAACAGGACAGAGAAGGCUGAAGCAGCAGGGUGAAUGCCACAGACUGGAGGUCUGCAAACACACAGAGGCCAUCACCUCACAGUGGGGGCUCCAAGGAAGGAGACUGGCCUAGGAUCACAAAGAAGUACAAGAGCCGCCUUCCCCGGGGGCCAAAGGGGACCCCAGCUCAGACAAGGCAGAAUGGCCUGUGAAUGGGGGGGGUCCCACAGUGGGGGGAAGGUCAAGGGAGAGGGAAGGCCCUGGCACACCUGACCCAACCUCCUGGGCACCGGUAAGGGGCCGCAGAGGCAGGCUGAGUAAAGCUGGUGCAGAGGGAGGGAAACAGACCCGCUCAGCACUGACCCAGAUUGCUAAAACAUCCUAACAAUCCCAAGGACCCACAAGUGGGAUGAUGGGGACCGUCAAGUCAAUCUUGGCAAAGGAAAGGCCUGUGCUGAGCGGGAUCGAGCACAAGAAUUCCAAGUUAAAAGCCUGCUGCGGUGACCAGGAGAGAGCCAGACCAUAAAGGGAGAGGGGGGGCGGGGGCAGCAAGACAAGGACCAGACUCCGGCCUAACAAGGCCCAAGCCUUUCCUGUUUGUCCUCAUCUCCCCAGGGGUGGGAUUGCAGAAGUGCAGGCACUAGGACCAGUGCUUCACAAGCUAACCUUCCCCAUAGAGGAACACAAAGAUCUCCACAGUACUUGACACCAGGAGGGCCAGUACGUUCAGUCAAUAGCAGAUUUUUUUUUUUCUACAUGGAAAAUACCAAUCGGGAAAAGUAGUGUUCUCAGGCGGAGUGUAACGGUGGGGGAAGGUGAGGAACCCGGUAGACAGGGUGCACUGGGCUGACAGAAAGGUCCCCAAGGUUACCAUUUGUCCCCAACACCCGGACAAUUCACCAAGGCCAGAGCCUUCAACUCAUCUGAUGGUUUCAGAAACCACAAUCACUUAUGCAUCACAACUAUUGAAAAGUUUUCCAACUUUUUGUUUAUCUCACCCAAUUCAAAAGGUACACGCCGAUACUAAGACUUGUUAACAUCUGACAAUCCCCCCCAUUACGGAAGCACAAAGCCAGUUUGAUGAUUUCAAAGCAUCAUAAUGAAAUUGGGGUCAAAACAUUGAUGUAUAAAAAGUUGGCUCACCUGAAUCCAGCCUGGCACUGAGGAAGGAAAAGACAAUUAGAAUUUACUUACUCGAGUUCUGGACUUGCUCCUGGUGGUACAGGUGGUGGAAAUUGGGUUUACUUCUGACCUGGGACAAACCUCAACCAUCAUCCCCCUCCCCAAAUGCCAAUACUGCUUCAUUGUUCAUAUUCAACCUUGACCUUGGUGUGAGGAAGAUCCCAAUUCAGAUUCACACAAAACUUCACUUCAAUUUUGGGCCAUUACACACUGGCCAAAACAUCUCCCUUUAAUAGUUUUUCAAAGUAUAGGGCCCUAGACGGCCCAAAAGCUGCCAAGUGUUGGCUUUUAGUUAUGAACCCGGAUCUGGAACUGAGCCUGCCCCUCCCCUUCUGCCCAAGAGGCAGUGGGACAGCCAGAGUCCAGAAGCAUCUCUUAAGCGCAUGGUACCACAAGGAGGGAGGUUGGGGGAGAAAGAGGUCAUUCUUCACAACCAAACUAAAUAUUACACUUUAGGACUGUCACCACUGGGCAUGGAUGCUGCCCAAAAGUCUCAGUCACCUCAUCAGUAGCUUGGCAAACAAUGUUCAGUGUUAUGGAGUCCAGCUCCAAAACCCCAGCCGACAGCCACCAUCCUAGAUAGAAUAACCAAGCCUGACCUUAGAGGCAAGGAGCCUCUGGUAACCUCUUUCAAACAGUCCCCCAUGAAAUUUCCCCCAGUACUUGCAUUACUAUAUGCCCAUCAUGGGACUCACAUUUUGUAAUUACCAACAGGUUACAGUGCAAUGACUUAAAAAUAUUCAGUUUUGUUGAAAAUUACCAUGGGGUGAGCUUUUCUACCUCCUAGAGCACAUCAUUUAGGGUCUGGACAUAAAAUGUCAUGACUAUUUUUCACCAAGGGACUCACAAAUUGUACAAGUCGACUGCUUAGGAAUAUCACAUUUCACAUUGCAUUAGGAAAACAAAAUAUCAAUGCUAUAACCCAAGUUUUCAGUACAAAUAGACGAUAAAAAUACAAUAGCAACAUCAAACUUUUGGAAAAAACGAAAAACUUCAAAAUUUUUAUUUGUGCUGCUUAAGGGAGAAAAAUGUUAGUCAUUUACAAGUCAUGGUUUAUAACUGUACAAAAAGCCCAAUAUACUUACUUUAACCACUUACACAAUUCUAGGACUAUCUACACUAACAUCGUGUCUUAAGUUUUGUUUGUAUCACGAACCAAGACUGAAAUUCACCUUUAGCCUUGCCAAGUCAACAAAACCACAAGAUGGCAGCAAAGAAAAUUCAAGUUGUGCUCCCUAGCCUUCAGCUUGGGAGUCACUGGCACAAAGACGCUUUAAGGCUCAGUUUUAGCAAAGGAACAUGAUACAAAGUCACUUAAACCCAUCCUUUUCAUUUUCUAAACAAUUACAAGUUAAACUAGGUAAAAAGUACUGACAAAAGUUCAUUGAGGUAAUUUUCCAAUGUACAAAAUCCAAUUUGCUCCUUAAAAAGUCCAAUCUAGUUUUCUAACUCCCAGUUUCAUUCACAUUUAAUUAUGGUCACAAUACAAUUAUCAGUCCCAACACAUCCCUUUGUUCCCAAGUUCACAACACACGGUUCUGAUGGUACUUUAUUGAAAGGUUACAAUGACCCACGUAUGGUACAGACACAACCUGGCAGCUGAUCAUUAUCUCCCCUCCCCCCCAGUCAACAGAGAACACUUAAAGUAUUUUCAAGUCUUCAAUUAACCACCACCCGUUUACCUUGAUUACCAUUAUUAGUUUUCCUGAAACCCAACAAUUUUAAAAGCCGAUUCUAUGUAGUUCCCAAUUGUUUCCGAAAA